UUGGUGUCUAUGUUUGGGGUCCUCAGUGGCGCCACUCUCUGGGCAGUUGUGUCAAAUGUUAACAAAUUCGACUAGAAUUGACUAAAAUAUUCCGUAAAUUUGGACUUUGGGAAACUUUGGAUCCUUGGACAUCCAGCAAUGAAUCUGGAGCUGCUCGAAUCGUUUGGGCAGAACUACCCAGAGGAGGCAGAUGGCACUCUGGACUGUAUCAGCAUGGCCCUCACCUGCACCUUUAACCGCUGGGGCACGCUGCUGGCUGUUGGCUGCAACGAUGGGCGCAUCGUAAUCUGGGACUUCCUCACUCGGGGAAUCGCCAAGAUCAUCAGUGCACACAUACACCCCGUCUGCUCUUUAUGUUGGAGUCGAGACGGCCACAAACUGGUAAGCGCCUCCACGGACAACAUUGUCUCACAGUGGGACGUCCUGACUGGAGACUGUGACCAGAGGUUCCGCUUUCCUUCACCAAUCCUCAAGCUACAGUAUCAUCCAAGAGACAUAGACAAGGUGCUUGUUUGUCCGAUGAAGUCGGCUCCAGUCCUGCUGACGCUGUCUGACUCUAAGCAUGUUGUCCUGCCUGUAGACGAUGACUCAGAUCUGAACGUGGUGGCAGCUUUCGACCGGCGGGGAGAAUAUAUUUACACCGGCAACGCCAAAGGAAAGAUUCUGGUGUUGAACACAAACAAUCAGGAGCUCGUGGCGUCCUUCAGAGUAACAACCGGCACCAGCAACACCACCGCUAUCAAAUCCAUCGAAUUUGCACGAAAGGGCAGCUGCUUUCUGAUAAACACAGCCGACAGAAUAAUCAGAGUGUACGACGGCAGAGAGAUUCUGACCUGUGGCCGGGACGGCGAGCCAGAACCUAUGCAGAAACUACAAGAUCUGGUCAACAGGACUCCAUGGAAGCGCUGCUGUUUCUCAGGUGAUGGCGAGUACAUCGUGGCCGGCUCAGCCAGGCAGCACGCCCUCUACAUCUGGGAGAAGAGCAUCGGAAACCUGGUGAAGAUCCUGCAUGGAACCAGAGGAGAGCUGCUGCUGGAUGUUGCAUGGCAUCCUGUUCGACCAAUCAUUGCCUCAAUCUCCAGUGGAGUGGUUUCCAUCUGGGCUCAGAACCAAGUGGAAAACUGGAGUGCCUUCGCCCCAGACUUUAAAGAGCUGGAUGAGAACGUGGAGUACGAGGAGCGGGAGUCUGAGUUUGACAUUGAGGAUGAAGACAAAAGCGAACCAGAGCAGACCGGCGCAGACGCUGCAGAGGAUGAAGAAGUGGACGUGACGACGGUUGAUCCUAUAGUGGCUUUCUGCAGCAGUGACGAAGAGCUGGAGGACAACAAGGCCCUGCUGUACCUGCCUAUCGCCCCUGAGGUCGAGGAUCCUGAGGAGAACCCCUUCGGUCCUCCGCCGGAUUCCUCGGUCCAGCCUGGAGCCCCAGACGAAUCGCUGGCAGGCGGAGACAGAAAGCAGAGGCAGCCCUCAUCUGAAGGAGGCCCGGCCAAGAAGAAGGCCCGCACUACCACUAUUGAACUACAGGGGGUGCCCAGUGACGAAGUGCACCCCCUACUGGGCGUGAAGGGGGACAGCAAAUCAAAGAAGAAGACAGCAGGCCGGCCCAAAGGCUCCAAAGGUAAAGACAAAGACUUCUCCUUCAGGCCAAAGCCCUACAAGGGCGAUCGGCCCUCCUUCCCCAUGGUGCCUGAGGCCCUGAGCAGCUCUGGUCUGGGAGGAGGAGGAGGAGGAGGAGGAGAAGGAGGGAUGAAGGUCAGGGCAGAGGGGGCCCUGGCUACAGGGAGUCUGGUCACACAGCCGUUCAAACAGCACAACAUCGGAGGGUUGGACUGAUCUCCGCUGUGUGUGUGUGUGUGUGUGUGUGUGUGUGUGUGUGUGUGUGUGUGUGUGUGUGUGUAUAUGAGCGCAGAUAAACUCAUACAAAGAGACACAAACCCUCAUGUUGUGUACAGAUUGUGAAUGAAAAGCUUCUCCAGUGAGAUGAAAGUUUCCAGAUGUCAGGUCAGCAUCACGGGAAACCACCUGAACUCGGAUCAGCACCAGUCGUCGCAGCAGAGAUCCACGUCCUUCUGUCUCUGUAGGAUUUGUCAUGUAUAGAAAACUUCAUGUUCUGAUAGUCUGUUGUCCUUCCUGUUUUUAUACAUAUUAAACAUUGUGGUUUAUAA